GUCCACCAGCUCCUCCGUGCCGGGCUGUGUGUGCUGGUGGAUGUCCGGGCCUGUGACCGUGCCUCUGGCAGGAUCCAGGGAGCGGUGCACGAGCCCACCAGUUUCCAGGCACCCCUUUUGAACCGGGUGCCGGCGCUGGUGGACAAAUUCUCGAAGGAGAAGCUGGUCAUCUUCCACUGCCAGUACUCGAUGCACCGCGGCCCCCAGUGCGCGAACUGGUAUCGCGAGCAGGCACCGACCACACAGCGCGUGGCCAUUCUCGAGGGAGGCUUCCGCGGAUGGGAAAGCCAGCAUCUGCCCGUCCUCCGCGAGCAACCGAUGGAUGCCCACAGCCAGGGCAAGGCAGAUAUCUACGCGCUCUCAAUGGGCAGGCGCCUGGCAGGUGCGGGUGCGUGA